AUGACUACAGAACCCAUUAGGAAAGGGGGUGGGCCUUUCCUACUGGGUUCUCUAUCGCUCCUCUAUUGUUCCUCUAGUACUGCUACUGAUGCUAGUAUUGAUGCUAUUACUGCUACUGAUGCUAGUAUUGAUGCUAGUACUGCUACUGAUGCUAGUACUGAUGCUAGUACUGCUGCUGAUGCUAGUACUGAUGCUAGUACUGCUGCUGAUGCUAGUACUGCUACUGAUGCUAGUACUGCUACUGGUGCUAGUACUGCUACUGAUGCUAGUACUGCUACUGAUGCUAGUAUUGAUGCUAGUACUGCUACUGAUGCUAGUACUGAUGCUAGUACUGCUGCUGAUGCUAGUACUGAUGCUAGUACUGAUGCUGAUGCUAGUACUGAUGCUAGUACUGCUACUGAUGCUAGUACUGAUGCUGAUGCUAGUACUGCUACUGAUGCUAGUACUGCUACUGAUGCUAGUAUUGAUGCUAGUACUGCUACUGAUGCUAGUACUGAUGCUAGUACUGCUGCUGAUGCUAGUACUGAUGCUAGUACUGAUGCUGAUGCUAGUACUGAUGCUAGUACUGCUACUGAUGCUAGUACUGCUGCUGAUGCUAGUACUGAUGUUAGUACUGCUACUGAUGCUAGUACUGCUACUGGUGCUAGUACUGCUACUGAUGCUAGUACUGCUACUGAUGCUAGUAUUGAUGCUAGUACUGCUACUGAUGCUAGUACUGAUGCUAGUACUGCUGCUGAUGCUAGUACUGAUGCUAGUACUGCUACUGAUGCUAGUACUGCUGCUGAUGCUAGUGCUAGUACUGAUGCUAGUACUGCUGCUGAUGCUAGUACUGCUACUGAUGCUAGUACUGAUGCUAGUACUGCUACUGAUGCUAGUACUGCUACUGAUGCUAGUACUGCUACUGAUGCUAGUACUGCUGCUGAUGCUAGUACUGCUACUGAUGCUAGUACUGAUGCUAGUACUGCUACUGAUGCUAGUACUGAUGCUAGUACUGAUGCUGAUGCUAGUACUGAUGCUAGUACUGCUACUGAUGCUAGUACUGAUGCUAGUACUGCUACUGAUGCUAGUACUGCUACUGAUGCUAGUACUGCUGCUGAUGCUAGUACUGCCGCUGAUGCUAGUACUGCCGCUGAUGCUAGUACUGCCGCUGAUGCUAGUACUGCUAGUACUGCUACUGAUGCUAGUACUAGUGCUAGUACUGCUACUGAUGCUAGUACUAGUGCUAGUACUGCUGCUGAUGCUAGUACUGCUACUGAUGCUAGUACUGAUGCUAGUACUGCUACUGAUGCUAGUACUGCUACUGAUGCUAGUACUGCUACUGAUGCUAGUACUGCUGCUGAUGCUAGUACUGCUGCUGAUGCUAGUACUGCCGCUGAUGCUAGUACUGCCGCUGAUGCUAGUACUGCUAGUACUGCUACUGAUGCUAGUACUGCCGCUGAUGCUAGUACUGCUACUGAUGCUAGUACUAGUGCUAGUACUGCUGCUGAUGCUAGUACUGCUGCUGAUGCUAGUACUGCCACUGAUGCUAGUACUAAGAUAUGGAAAAUAGGAGUGGCAAUAUCGUCUGCUAUUAUCCUCAAUCAUUUUCCAUCCAGAUUGUCAGACCCCGGUAGCUUGUCAUUUUUGCUAGACAACAAUAAUUUGUUUCACCUCUUCCACACUGACUUUACAGAAUUGAAAAUUACAAUUCUUGUCUUUCAUAAUUUGGUCUGAUAUACUUGGAUGUAUAGUGUCAGUGUGUGUUGCUGGCAUGACAUCCCUGAGUCUGCUUAUCUUGCCAAUGAAAACAUCAUUAACGUAAUUGGUAAUAUCAGUGGGCUUUGUGAUGAAGGAGCCAUCUGAUUGUUAAUGAUGGAGCUGAGGUGCUCCAAAGCCUUUUACUAUCAUUCUUUUAAUUUUUUGGGGGGGGGGUUUCAUAGUAUAGUUUAUUUUUUAUUUAGUUUAGUCACAUGAUUUCUUACAUUUGCAGAACAUUUGCCAAUCAGUUGGGCUGCCGUAUAUUUAGCCUCAUCCCUCUCAACCAUAACAUGUUUUAAUUCCUCAUCAAUCCAAGGGGAUUUAUGUUUUUACAGUAGUUUUAUUCAUGGGUUCAUGCUUAUUAGUAACUGGAAUAAGCAAUUUCAUAAAUGCGUCAAGUGCAGCGUCUGGUUGCUCCUCAUUACACACCACAGACCAGCAAAUAUUCUUUACAUCAUCAACAUAGGAAUCACUACAAAACUUAUUGUAUGACCUCUUAUACACUAUAUUAGACCCAGCCUUUGGAACUUUGGUUUUCUUAGAUAUGUCUAUAAUUUUGUGAUCACUACAUCCUAUGGAUUUGGAUACUGCUUUAAAGCAGAUUUCUGCAGCAUUACGUAAAGAUGUGAUCAAUAGAUAUUGAUGAUUUCAGUCCUGUGCAGUUUCUAUCUACCCUGGUAGGUUGACUGAUAACCUGAACCAGGUUGCAGGUACUGGUUACAGUUUGAAGCUUUUUGCUUGAGUGGUCAGCUUGAUGAGAGCCAGUAAAUAUAUUUAAAUCACCCAGAAAAUAUACUUCUCUGUUUAUCACUUCUACACAGCUUAUUGUACAAUGUCAUCACUUCUACACAGCUUAUUGUACAAUGUCAUCACUUCUACACAGCUUAUUGUAUAAUGUCAUCACUUCUACACAGCUUAUUGUACAAUGUCAUCACUUCUACACAGCAUAAUGUACAAUGUCAUCACUUCUACACAGCUUAUUGUACAAUGUCAUCACUUCUACACAGCUUAUUGUACAAUGUCAUCACUUCUACACAGCUUAUUGUAUAAUGUCAUCACUUCUACACAGCUUAUUGUAUAAUGUCAUCACUUCUACACAGCUUAUUGUAUAAUGUCAUCACUUCUACACAGCUUAUUGUACAAUGUCAUCACUUCUACACAGCUUAUUGUACAAUGUCAUCACUUCUACACAGCUUAUUGUAUAAUGUCAUCACUUCUACACAGCUUAUUGUAUAAUGUCAUCACUUCUACACAGCAUAAUGUAUAAUGUCAUCACUUCUACAUAGCAUAAUGUAUAAUGUCAUCACAAUGUAUAAUGUCAUCACAACUCCAUAAGGUGCACAUUCUAUAGGGAAGCUUGUUAUUUAUGUAGCUUGCUACCACUGUCAAAAUGGGCGUCUGAGGCUACUACCUCUGUAGCCACUGUCACAGGGGCGUCCGAGGCUACUACCUCUGUAGCCUCUGUCACAGGGGCGUAACCAUGCUACUACCUCUGUAGCCUCUGUCACAGGGGCGUCCGAGGCUACUACCUCUGUAGCCUCUGUCACAGGGGCGUCCGAGGCUACUACCUCUGUAGCCACUGUCACAGGGGCGUCCGAGGCUACUACCUCUGUAGCCACUGUCACAGGGGCGUCCGAGGCUACUACCUCUGUAGCCUCUGUCACAGGGGCGUCCGAGGCUACUACCUCUGUAGCCACUGUCACAGGGGCGUCCGAGGCUACUACCUCUGUAGCCUCUGUCACAGGGGCGUCCGAGGCUACUACCUCUGUAGCCUCUGUCACAGGGGCGUCCGAGGCUACUACCUCUGUAGCCUCUGUCACAGGGGCGUCCGAGGCUACUACCUCUGUAGCCUCUGUCACAGGGGCGUCCGAGGCUACUACCUCUGUAGCCUCUGUCACAGGGGCGUAACCAUGCUGUAUAUUAUUCUACAUGAUGUUAAACAUGCUGUAUAUUAUUCUACAUGAUGUUAACCAUGUUGUAUAUUAUUCUACAUGAUGUUAACCAUGCUGUAUAUUAUUCUACAUGAUGUUAACCAAGCUGUAUAUUAUUCUACAUGAUGUUAACCAUGCUGUAUAAUCUAUACUCUGAUAUUGGUUGUCUGGAUUCCUGAUAAUGCAUUGUUUCAAUUGGUUAAUUCCCCCUCCUCUCCCCUGUAACUAUUCCCCAGGUCAUUGCUGUAAAUGAGAAUGUGUUCUCAGUAAUCUUAACUGCUAAAAUAAUUGUUAUCAUUCUCCCAUCUGAUGACAUGUGAAUGUAGCUCUAGAUGAUAUAUCCUGGUCCUAUAUGGUUGAGUUGGUAUAGCAUGGUGCUUGCACGGCCAUGGUUCAAUUCCCAGGACAACCCAUACAUAAAAUGUAUGCACGCAUGACUCUAAGUCACUUUGGAUAAAAGCGUCUGCUAAAAGGCAUAUUAUUGAUGUUAUUAUUAGAUCAUAACUGGUCUGCUCUAUAAUGUAGUCCACUGAGGUCCAUUUCAUAGUUGGCAUCAUUAGCUGUGAAACCAUACAGGUGUCUGUAUCUCCUUUUCCUCCCUGUUUUGGCCCAUAUGUAUCAAACUUCUCAGAGUACUGCCUUUCAGAUCACACUUAAUGUUAUGGACAGGAGGGACAUGAGCACUGCUACUCUGAGACCUUUGAUAUAAACAAGCCCUGCUCUCAUUAUUUGCUCUGUACAGUGAUGCUUAUAGUUUCACUUUCAAACUACAGACUGAAUGUUUUUCGUACUGCUCUGAAAUGUCUUGAUACUUACUGUUGGCUUUAUGAUGCAAUAAAACAACUAACACAACCGUA